UCUUAUUUAAAUAUUCAACACGACAACCUCGCAGCGGACCGGUUAAAAGAGAAACAAGGUAGCAAGUUUCUAAUCAAUUUCACCGCCAGCUUAUGUUUAUAAAGGGGCACGGACGAGGCAAUCUCCAUUCCACGCUUCUGGCGUUUGUUAAAGCACCCCCAGACUUGUGUCCGUGAAUUCCUGAGGAAAGGCUGUGGUUACCCAGCUAGCGACCAUCACCUAUACAAUGCUGAUCGAAGCAAACCAAAGAACCGAUAUUGUCUGCGAUUGAUCCAAGUCUUCAAAAGGUUGCUACGGAGAUUUCAUGACGGAAGUUUAAGAUUUUGUCGCUCCUUGAAGAGUAAGAGGGAUUAUUCAUAUAAUCAGAUGGAGGGAAGCAUGCAAAAAACAGACAUGUUCCUUGGAAACAUGUCAUCCUUGAGCCAACCCAAUUCAAGCUUUGCUGCAGCAAAUGGAAGUUUCGAGGAGGACAAAAUGAAGCCUCCAGAAUAUGUCAGGAUCAUUAAUGGGUUUGUGAUUCCUGUUUUAGCUGUUGUGAUCCUGAUCACCAAUGCUGUUGUAAUCGCCGUCUUCAAGCGUCAGAAGACGUACGGAGCAAGCCAGGCGGGGCUGGUGGGAGUCGCUGUAUCGGACACACUGACCAUGCUAUUUCCAGCACCAUUUUACUUUGUUGAAUAUUGUCUGCAAUACCAAAUCCCAUGUGAAUUCGUUUCAUUGAAGAAUUGGAUUUCUCUGUUUUUGCCGACAAUUACACAUACUGCAUCAAUAUGGUUGACGCUCUUGCUGGCAAUACAAAGAUACAUGUACGUAUGUCAUCCAUUUACCGCGAGGAAAAUAUGCACACUUCGAAACACCACCGUAUUGAUUAUUUUAACAUAUAUCCUUGCAAUUCUUAUGCACCUGAGCCGAUUUAUUGUGUCGAAAAUAGUUUAUAUAUCUGAAACAAACUGUGUCUAUUGGUUUAGUGAGUACAUUGAUGUCAACGCCUACCUGAUUUCGUAUUUGUUCAUUCGCAUCAUUCUCAUCCAAUUUGUGCCUUGCAUUUCACUUAUCGUUUUAAAUGCAAAAAUGAUUUGUGGCUUGAGGAACAUCACUAACAAGAAGAUUGAAAUGAAUUGUAAUUCAGAAAACAGCAGCAGUGCUGUUAAAGAAAACAUGCGCGUGACCAUUAUGAUUGUAUGCAUGGCAGCCAUAACUCUCUUAGUUGAACUUCCGGUUGGGAUCAUUCAGUGCCUCUAUGUAGACAUUUAUCUUUCUGGCGCUACGUUUGACCAAUACAAUUUGCAGAUUUCUGAGAGAAUCGUCAACCUUCUUAUAAUCUUAUCAUACCCAGUUAACUUCCUAUUGUUCUGCAGCAUGAGUUCUGAGUUUAAACAAACUUUAAAACACAUGUGUUGCUUUAGUCCAAUGAAGAAACAAAAAACCCCAAAUACCUACGUAACCCGGGCAGACGCUGACCAGAACAACGGAAAUGUGUGCGAGAAACAAGGCCUCCUUAAAGUGUCAACGAAUUUGUAACAGCUAUAAUAAAGAAAUAUGGAAAUAAAAAGAGGCCCAAACUUCCUCGAAGAAUGUCGACCAUGCGUCUAGUUGACUUCGACAAAAUGUUCAACUAAUAGACCAUGUUGUAAGUACACCACUGUUAAAAAUAUCAAAUAGAUUAGAAUGGUAAAGUUUAAAAAAGUAAAGAAAUGUAGAAUUAUAAUAGAAGACGAUAUUUCCUGACUCUAACAGAAUAAGAUUACAUCAAUUUUAUAAAUCAGCUAGUUGAAAAACUUAAAA